AUGUACAGUGCUACACUGAAGUACCAUCAGAGAAAAAACUGUUUUGGAUAUAUUCAACUGCAGUACAGUGACGUAGCACUAACGAAUAGCAUACAGGCUAAUGCGGUAACGCCUGGUGCAUACACCAUUAUUAGAUGUGAAAAUUCAACAGAUUGUGGUAUAAUUCAAGUUUUUGCUCCAAAUGACCACUGUUGUUAUACACCGAAAAUAUUAUUUAUUAACAAAAUAUUCGCAGAUUUGUUUGGCCUUCAUGAAAAUGAAAAGGUAAUUGUUCAGAAGGUGGAAACAGCACCUAUAUGCAGUUCGUUUGAGGUAGAGCUGACUUCCGAGGAAGACUGGAAUAUUGUCCAAAAUUCAUCGCAACGAAUUGAAGAAUUGCUUCUGGAACAAAUUCAAUUAAUUACUGUUGGCCAAACAUAUCCAGUUUGGAUUACUCAAAAUCUUUACAUUUAUUUCACUGUUGCUCGAAUCAAAACAUUUUCAUCCAUGGUGCAGAAUGCUUGUCUAUGUGAAUUUACGGAGGUCCAUGUGAAGCCCUUCUACUCAAAUCGUAGUAGUCUCAAGGACAGUUCAAGAGACAUUUUGAGAGUACCUCCAUUAUCAUUCGCAUGUAAAAUAAAGGAUCUAUUCUCAAAUUUCUCGCCGGAGCCAUUUAUGCUGAAGAUUCAAGAUUACUGUGGUAAUGUUCUUGACAGAACUGCAGUUCGGGUACUGCCUAAAAUACUGAUUAAUGAUGUUACCUUGAAAGAUCUGGACAUACUUGCCGUUUUUAAACUCAAUUUCAAUCAGAGUAACUCAGAAAACGUCACAUUAUCAACUGUUCAUAAUGAUGAAACCGGUCGAACCGCGCAUGCUUUACUUAUUGAACUACCGAUAUCAUGUUCCCGUUUUGCUACAUUAAGAGAUUGUUUGAAGCGAUAUGAUGCUUAUCACUGCGCUUUUUCACCCAAACUACAUCAAGUUAUGAAUGGUGAAUAUGAAUGGAUUAAAGUAUCUCCUUUACCCAGAAAUAACAUUUAUCAGCUUGAAAUCCUCGAAGUACUUUCAGAAGACAAGUUAUCUGAGAAUUUCAAUGAGUGUUUACGAAAUCAUUUGUGGAAGACUUGUCGACAUUAUCCAAUCAUUGUUCCAGAUGACGGACUCAUAGUGGAAGUAAAUUUAACUCGUAAAGUUCGUAUUCAGUGUCGAAUUAAACCUCAUUUUGAUGACAAAAAUGACGAUGGGUCUCAGAAAUGUUUUGUCUUUACUAACGACAUGUUUCCUCCGCUUGAAUAUCCGAAUACUGAUUCGGUGAAAGCUAGUUUCGUGCAGAUGCUGAGAAGAAAUGGGAAUGAGGAUAUUCAUCAGGCAACUGUAAACUUUGGAGAAUGUGGGAAUGAAGCAGUUGAAUUUUCGUUCCAAAUUGCAUUUAUUGAGAAAUGUUGCUCAUAUAUUACUUAUCAUUUGGAGAAGCCUACUUUUUUUUCAUCAGAAAAUAUUCUUAUAGUGGGUAACAAAUCAGCAGGUAAAACAACGAUUCUACAUUUCCUUGCAGGAAAAUUACUCCAGUCUCACUUGGCUGUUUACAGUGAAUGUUUAUAUUGCUCUGAGUGGAAUGGAAAAUCAAUUGAGAAAUUUCAAGAUGUGUUGAAAAGUACGAUAACGCGUUUAAGGCGACGUUAUCCUUCAGUCCUUUUCUUAGAUGACUUGGAUAUUUUAUUGCGUGGUCAAGAUGAGGAAGUGAGAAAUGUUCGCUUGGAAAAAUGUGCCGAAUUAGUCCGAAAUUUGGCCACUAAAAAUGAUUUGUUGGUUGUUGCAACGGCGUGCACCAAAUAUGAAGUUGUCGAACUGUUUUCGUUGAAUGCUGGUGGGCGAUUUUUUGGUCACGUGGAAGACAUCAAAGAACUUAACCCGGCAAGUUAUUAA